CUCUCCUUUGUUCACUUCAAUAAGGCACGCGACCUGGUGUGAGUUCAAUAUCAAAAUAAAAAAUUCAUUUCUACCAAAUGCCAUUCAACGUUGAAUUUUCUGCAGAAAUGGAAACCAUUCAGCUGGGCAUCAUUGGCAUGGGUGACAUGGGAAAACUUUAUGCCCGAAAACUUUCCGCUGCCGGUUGGAAAAAUGUUAAUGUAUGUGAUAUGCCGGAGAAGUAUGAGUCCUUACGCGAGGAGUUCAAGGAUUCAGGUAUUACAGUGAUGAAAGAUGGGCACUACGUCUCUAGACAGAGUGAUUGGAUCCUAUACUCUGUGCCUGCAGAGUUUAUCAAUACUGUUGUCGCCACAUACGGACCAUCUACAAAGAUCGGCGCAAUUGUAGGGGGUCAGACAUCCGUUAAAGCACCUGAAAUCGCAGCAUUUGAAAAGCACCUGCCUGAGGAUGUAUACAUCAUCACUUGUCAUUCUAUGCAUGGCCCCACUGUCCCUUCUCGAGGACAACCGCUCGUGAUCAUCAACCAUCGCGGAUCUCCAGAAAAACUAGCACUUGUCGAGAGGAUUCUGAGCUGCUUUGAGAGUCAGAUUGCACAUUUGUCUUACAAGGAACAUGACCGGAUCACAGCGGAUACCCAGGCUGUCACUCAUAUGGCCUUCCUGAGCAUGGGAACGACAUGGAAACACCAAAACAACUUUCCUUGGUUUGAUCCUACUUAUACGGGGGGUAUUGAGAACGUCAAGGUGAAUAUGACCAUGCGUAUCCUCUCAAACAAAUGGCACGUGUAUGCUGGGCUGGCAAUUCUCAAUCCCUCGGCUAAAGCCCAGGUCCGUCAAUACUCUUUGUCAGUGGCAGCUUUAUUCAAACUUAUGAUUCAGGAAAAGGAGGAAGAGUUUAUCACCCGUAUCCGUACUGCUGGAGAUUUCGUAUUUGGCAACAGAGGGAAUUCAGAGCCAAUUCUUCUUUCAGAUAACUUGUUGGACCAGUAUUCUCUCGGUAGUGUUCCAAAGGAAAAGAUUAAACCCAACUCACAUCUCUCACUUUUGGCCAUGGUUGACUGCUGGUGCCAACUAAAAAUGAAUCCUUACUCACAUAUGGUCUGUCAAACACCACUAUUCCGCUUCUGGCUUGGAAUCUCCGAGUAUCUGUUUUUGAACGAGGAAUACCUCAAGGACGCCAUCCAGGCAGCACUUUACGACAAGAACAUCCGAGAAGACGAUAUGGAGUUCAUGAUGUCAGCCCGUGGAUGGCAGGAGUGCAUUGCUUUGGGCAAUAUGGAAGGCUAUAGAAUUCGGUUUGAGGAUACCGCCCAGUUUUUUAAAGAUCGGUUUGGUGAGGCCGCAGUUGUUGGCAAACAAAUGAUCGAGAUGAUCACAAGAAAGACUAAGCAGCUUUAAGAUACUGAUUAUAGAGAAAUAAAU